AUGGGUCGCAUCACCAACAUCUACGCCCUCACGGCGCUGGCAAGCAUCGGCGGUCUGCUCUUCGGCUUCGACGUCUCGUCGAUGUCUGCGAUCAUCACCACUCCCAACUACCUCGUCUUCUUCGGCUCGCCCUCCGCGACGGUUCCCUGCGCCACCCGUCCUGGAGCACUGUGCAAUCCAGGUCCGAGCGCUGGCCUGCAGGGGAUCAUCACGGCGUCCAUGUCCGCUGGAGCGCUCGUCUCCUCCCUCCUCUCCGGUCUUGUUGCCGACCACUUUGGUCGUCGACCCGCGAUCUUCCUGGGGUGCAUCCUCUGGAUCAUUGGCUCGUUGUUGCUCUGCACGGUGCAGAACGUCGUCAUUCUCAUCAUCGGUCGUGUGCUGGGCGGGGCGUGUGUCGGAUUGUGCUCCGCCCAGGUGCCCGUCUACCUAUCCGAGCUGGCACCUCCUCGGCUGAGGGGCCGACUGAUCGGAUGUGUGCAGUGGGGCAUCGCAUGGGGCAUCUGUGGCUUCUGGUGCAUCUCCGUCGCCGCGGGCUUCAUCGGCAACCGAAUCGACGGCGAACAGGACGGAAGGAGCACCAUGUCCUUUCGUCUGCCAUGGGGAUUGCGUCUCGUCCCAGCGACAGUACUCAUGGUGUUGGUACCGAUGAUGCCAGAGUCGCCGAGGUACCUUAUUGCAAAGGGUAGGAAUGACGAGGCGCUUGGGAUCUUGGCGAAGGUGCAUGCAAAGGGCGACACCUCCUCGGCGUCCGUCCAGAAAGAGUAUCACGAGAUCGUACGCGACAUCGAGGAGAGUCAAGCCGACGGCUCGGGGUAUGUGGAUUUGUUUCGAGGUGGCAAUCUCUGGCGGACGCAUAUUGCGCUUUUUGUGCAGAUCUGGUCCUCACUCACGGGUUUGAACAUCAUGACCUUCUACAUGACGUACGUGUGUCAGAUGGCGGGUCUGUUGGGCACUUCUGCGCUCGUCCUGACAGGUUUCCAAUACGUCGUGCUGGUGAUCAUGACGAUCCCAGCCAUGUUAUGGGUGGAUCGACUCGGUCGUCGACCGCUCCUCCUCAUCGGCUCGACCAUCAUGGCCAUCUGUCUGUUCUCCAUUGCCGCCCUCAUGUCGACCCGUGGUCAUCCAUGGCCCGACUCACCCAACGCCGUGGUCUCCUGGAAAGUCGACGGCCUCGCAUCGCACAUCAUCCUCUUCUUCUCCUACCUCUUCGUCGCCGCCUUCGCCCCGACCUGGGGCCCCGUUUCCUGGAUCUACGUCCCCGAACUCAUCGGCAAUCGUCUUCGCUCCAAAGCUGGAUCGCUCGCCACCGCCGCAGGUUGGAUGUUCAACUUCGCCCUCGGCUACGCGGUUCCUCCUGCUUUCCACAAUGUGCGUUGGAAGACGUAUGUCAUCUUCGGAUGCUUUUGCGUGGCUAUGACGGUGCAUGUGGCAUUGGUGUUCCCCGAGACCGCAGGGAGGAGCUUAGAGGAGGUCGAGGAGAUCUUUGCGUCUGGUGUACCGGCGUGGAGGACACGGGCCCGUUCCACACGCAUCGUCGACGUGGGUGGCGACGCGACGAGGGGCAGCGACGAGGACAAGUUGGACAGCUCAGUGAUAUAG